AACUUAGAAAACCCCAAAAACCUACGACCCAACAGGUAACAGAAAGAAACCAAAGAACAGAAGAGGUCAUUCGGGAACAAGAAGAUUUGCAAACAAGAAAUGACUGGGAAGCAACUUUCUGA